AUGACAAGUGCUUCACUAGUUGAUCACUAUAAUUCUCAUGACAAUUUUAAUCAAUCAAGUCAUUCAUUUUCAAAUAAUACAUCUGAUUAUAAUGAAUAUCAACAGAAAUUACUUGAAAAAGUUGAGAUUGAUAAUCAAAAUGGUAAUACAUCAUUUCUUAAUACAAUCGAAGGACUACGUCAAGAACAACGUGCUCGUUUAGCACAAGCUGAACAUGAUUAUUAUAAUCAAGAGCCUACAUUAUUAUCAUCAUCAUCAAUUGAUAUGCAUAAUCAUCAUCUUCAGGAAGAACAAAUGCAAAGACCACAUGAAAAAUUAGUAACAUCAAAACCACCAUUACCAAAAGCAUCGAAACAAUCUUCAGCACCUGUACUAUUAACGGAAGAACGAGCUCAAUAUCAUAUUCAUCAUCGUCCAACAUCGGCUAAUAUUGUUCGAAGACAUGAUGAUGACAUAGCAUUUUGUCCACAUCGAACAACUAUUGGAAAUACAACAACAACUGUACAUGAUUUAACAACAGAUCAUGUGAAAAAUCAAAUAAAAAGUAUCUGGAAUGAAUUGGAAUUCGAUAAUUAUUCUGAACAAAAAAAAAAUCGUCAUUCUACAACAGCAGCUAGUUGGGCUGGUCGUAGUACAGUUCCAGAACCAUUUUCUUUAACAAAUAGUAUGAAUAUGGACAGUGUACAUCGUAGAAAAUGUAUGUAUGAAAUUGAAGCAGCAAAAUUACAAAAAGAAGUCGAUGAAGACAUUAAUCUUGCUUAUUCUUUUAAAGCGAAUCCUGUUCCAUCUCAUGUUCAUUUACCUCUAUAUGAACAAUUACAAGAAGAUGAACGUCAUCGUCGUGAACAGGUUCGUUCUAUGACAAAAGAUUAUUUAUCAUCGAUAUCAAAACCAUUUGCAUUUGAUUCACGUGAAAAAGCUAAAAUAAUAUUACGACGACAUUCAUAUGCUAAUGGUGAUAUUAUUCGAUCAGAACCACAAUUUAAAGCUAGACCAUUACCGAAAUUUUAUUAUCAAAGACAUCAAGAAAAUGAACAAAUGGACGAACAAACACUUUACCGUUCAUUAAGAAAAGAUAUGCGUUCAAAAGAAUUACUUCGACAAUCACGUUCACCAUUUAGUAGUCAAAAACCAAAAUUUGCUCGUCGUUCAAUGAGUGUUGAUGGUUCAGCACGAACACAUUUUCAAGAACAUUCAUUUAAACCAAAAACAAAUGGUUAUUAUGUUCCAAAUUAUGAUAAAAUUCAUUCGAAAAUGUUACGUUCUAUGGAAGAAAAAAAACGUACACGUUCACCUACAAAAUGUAAACCAUUUCUAUUAUAUACAAAUAUGAUACCAUCUAAAAAAGAUAAAAUUCUUGAUGAUAUUCGAAAUGAUGCAAAAAUAAGACAUGCUCAAACAUUUCAAAUAAAAGGAAAACAAAUGCCAACAAAAUCACCAUCUAUAACGAAUUUAUCAACAAGUCUUCAAUUACCAGAAUCAAUACCAACGAAAACAACAGAAGCACAAAGAUUACGAGAAGCAGUUGGAAAGAAAAAACGACAAGAUGAAGAAAUAAAAACUAGAACUGCCGAAACAUUUCACAGAUCACAAUCAGCUAAAGAAAGACGAGUUAGAGAGACAAUUCGUGAAAAAGCAGAAUUACAACAUCAAGCAACUGUUUCAAAAGCAAAACAAGAAGAAAAAACACGUCAAAUUCGACAAUCAAUACGUCGAAGUGAAGAUGAUUAUGCAAAAAAAUUAGAAGCAAUGAAUGAACGUGUUAAACAACGUCCAUUAUUAGCCGAACAAAAUACUAAACAAAAAGCUGUUCGAGAAUUAGAAAAAAAAAUUCAACAUGCUAUGAAUUUAGCAAAUGUUACUGAACAAGAUUUAAAUAGACAACAAUUUAAUUCAUCAAAUGUUAAAUAUACUACAUCAGAUAUAAAUUAUUCUUGA